UGUGAAUUUUUUUCAAUUUUAGUUGAAAUAAUCAGUACUUAUCCUAUUAAAAUGGAUGAAUGGCAUACGAUUCGUGUGAAAAAUAACGAAAGCAGCGGUUCGAAUAAUCUAAAAGUUAUUCAGGGUGAUGCUGGCGAAUCUUUAAUAUUUUUAGGAAUUGUAAGUCAAGUUUUAUUGUCCGGCGAUUCAGUUGACCUAGGAAAAGAAAAGAUCGCAGAAUCAGAAACACUGGAACACAAUAAUGCAUGCAGCUCGAAGCCAUGCCAGCAUGGCGGUUUAUGCAUCCCAUCAAAUGUCUUUAGAGGAUUCAAAUGUGACUGCUCAAAAACAAGCGGUUAUGAAGGCAAAUUUUGUGAGAGGAACUCCAAAAUAUGCGGUCAAGGUUAUUUAUUAAAUAAAUUCAAAUUUAUUGAAUGUCGAGUAGUAUUCUUAGUUUUGAGGGAACUACAAUGUCUACCAAAUACGUGUGGUGAGCAUGGUGAUUGUGAGACUGUUAAUGAAACACAUAUCGUUUGUUCAUGUCGUGACUAUUAUAGUGGCCCAAAUUGUGAAAUAUUUAAACCAAUCGAACACGCUGCACAAUUUGAUGGAAAAGCUUUUAUAGUAUUUUCUACCGAUGAAUUUCCACAUUUAACGUCCGAAAAAGAAGAAACUAUUGAAUUACGUUUCAAAACAACGGCUGAUUUCGGCUUGAUAUUUUGGCAAGGACAACAGCCUGGAAAAACAAAUGUUGGCGAAGACUAUCUUUCAAUUGGUUUAAACGAUGGAUAUUUAGUUUAUACAUUUGAGUUGGGUGGAGGAGCUGCACAAAUUACGAGUGUAGAAGCCGUGAAUGACGGUAAAGAGCAUCAUUUAAAAGCAUUAAGGAAAGGACGUAACGGUAGUUUACAAGUUGACUAUUCGAGUCCUGUCGAAGGUGUAUCCUCGGGCAUUUUGGCGAUGCUUAAUGUUGAUGGAGAUAUAUACGUUGGAGGUGUUCCCGACUUAGAAGGCAUGACUAGUGGAUUGCAUGAAGAGAAUUUCGUUGGCUGCAUAGGCGAUUUAACGUUGAAUGGUAUACGCAUGGAUUUAAUGGCGAAUGCAAUAGAUGGACGAAAUGUUAAGCCAUGUGAACAGUGGAUGGUGAGGAAGAAAUGGUUUCGUGGCAGGAAAUAUCGAGAUUUGAGUCGCUGGAUAUGA